UGAUACAAUACUAUCAGGAGAUAAGUUGGAACACCUUGCAAAUUUUAUAGUACGUCUAAUCAUAGUAUGCCAUUAAUGUUUUGACGUGUUAUUUUUUAACCGAAUAAAUAGCGAAUUAGUCGCGAAAAUUGGCUAAAAACAUAUAAAUACUUUAGGUAAAAUGAUGCAAGAUGAGCAUCUGGGUGGUCCUCCAAAACGAAAUGUUUUUAGUCAAGCAAUAGGAAGAAUAUCACAGUUAUAUCAAAGAUAUUUGGAUCUUUGGACUCCUCACGUAGUGUCGAGAUGGACAGUGGCUUUUUUUCUAGUAUUUGUUUUUUCUUUACGUAUACUUUUAUCAGAGGGAUGGUACAUUGUUACAUAUGCACUAGCAAUUUAUCACCUAAAUUUAUUCAUAGCAUUCCUUACUCCUAAAAUUGAUCCUGGAAUGGAUUUUGAUGAUGGUGAAGGACCAGAAUUACCUACAAGAUCUAACGAAGAGUUUAGACCAUUUAUUAGAAGGUUACCGGAAUUUAAAUUCUGGUAUUCUGUGAUGAAAUCUACAAUUAUUGCUAUGAUAUGUACUAUGUUUGAUUGUUUCAAUGUACCAGUAUUUUGGCCCAUACUUGUUAUGUACUUCAUAACGCUAUUUUGCAUUACUAUGAAGCGUCAAAUAAAGCAUAUGAUCAAAUACAGAUAUUUGCCGUUCACUUAUGGAAAACCAAGUUACCAGAAUCACGAGGAUACUUCGAGACAGAAGUCCUGGUACUAGAAAAGUGAGAAUAAAAUCAUCUCGAGGAGGAAGAGAUAAUAAGAAGUGAGAGAUUCAAAUUUCUUGUGUCUGAAGUUGUGAAUACCGACGAACCAACAAAUUGAUUUUUUUAAUUCGAACAAUUUCGCUUUCAAAAGCUCAAUAGCGUUUCCUCGAUUAUAAAUUUUGUCAAAAAGGAAGAAAAUUACCGGUUCUUGAUCGAAUAUAUGGAUUAAUUAAUAGAGGAUUACUCGAGGUUUGGUAAUGUAUAAACGAGUGCAAAAUCUACGACAUAUAAUUUUUAAAUAAUACUACAUUCGAAUACGUAUAAAUAUAUACGUGUAAAUUAACAUAGAUUUUAAUCUUUUCAUUGUGUAAUAAAUUUUAAGAAUAAAUUGUACCGUAUUAUAAUA